UGGAGGACGUGCAGAGAUCCCGAGCCGCAGCCUUUACACAGUGACAGAGAGACAGAGAGAGAGAGAGAGAGAGAGAGAGGAGGCUGAGAGCGGCUAUAGGUGCAGCAGGAGGUUAGAUUCAUGCACCAUGGGGGCAGUCGUGGUAGAUGAUAAUCCGUCCAGCGUUAAGGCCCCUGACGGAGGAUGGGGAUGGGCUGUCCUGUUUGGCUGUUUUGUUAUCACCGGAUUCUCCUAUGCUUUCCCCAAAGCGGUCAGCGUGUUCUUUAAGGAGCUGAUCCGGGAGUUUGGAAUUGGAUACAGUGAUACGGCAUGGAUCUCUUCAAUCCUCUUAGCAAUGCUGUACGGAACAGGUCCCCUAUGCAGUAUCUGUGUAAAUCGUUUUGGAUGCCGGCCAGUAAUGAUGGUUGGGGGUCUGUUUGCUUCUCUCGGGAUGGUUUCCGCAUCUUUUUGCACAAGUAUUCUUACAAUAUACCUCACUGCCGGAGUCAUCACAGGUUUGGGCCUAGCACUGAACUUUCAGCCCUCCCUUAUCAUGUUAAAUCGUUACUUUGAUAAACGCCGGCCACUGGCGAAUGGACUGGCUGCCGCCGGAAGCCCAGUAUUCCUCUGCGCUUUGUCUCCAUUGGGACAGAUCCUGCAGGAUAUGUUUGGCUGGAGAGGCGGGUUCCUGAUAUUGGGUGGACUUCUUCUUAACUGCUGCGUGUGUGGGGCUCUGAUGAGGCCACUGGAACCAGCGAAGAAGGCAAAUGAAGAAGUUAAAGAAAUCAAAGACAAGAAACCAAAAAAGCUUCUUGAUUUCUCUGUGUUUAAGGACCGUGGGUUUUUGAUUUACACUGUGGCUGCUUCGAUUAUGGUGCUGGGACUCUUUGUGCCACCUGUCUUUGUUGUAAGCUAUGCCAAAGAUCUGGGCACGCAAGACACCAAGGCAGCAGCACUGCUUACAAUUCUUGGAUUUAUAGAUAUAUUUGCACGACCCACGUGUGGGGUUAUUGCAGGACUGAAGUGGGUUCGGCCACGGUGCAUCUACCUUUUUGGCUUUGCCAUGAUUUUCAAUGGAAUUACCGAUCUGGGUGGCUCCAUGGCAGAUACUUAUGGUGGACUGGUUGUCUUUGUCCUUUUCUUUGGGAUUUCAUAUGGGAUGGUGGGUGCACUGCAGUUCGAAGUACUGAUGGCUAUUGUUGGUACACAGAAAUUUUCCAGUGCCAUUGGACUCGUGCUCUUGGCGGAAGCUUGUGCUGUUCUCAUUGGCCCUCCGUCAGCAGGGAAAAUUCUGGAUGCAACAGGAAAAUACAUGUAUGUGUUUAUCAUCGCUGGCGUUGAAGUUGUCUUGUCAGCCCUGGUGCUCACAUUUGGAAACUUCUUCUGCAUCAGAAAAACCAAGGAACUGGAGCAUAAAGAGGAUGUUACGGAAAUUAAUGAGCUGCAUAAAGUGGAAGAUCAAGCCGUGGAAAGUGGCGCAGUGGAACCCGCAGAAGUGGAAGAGUUUCUUAAAGAUGAAAAAGCGAAAAAUGGCGAAGUAGUUACAAACCCAGAGACGUGUGUCUGAACAUUUCUAGGAUGUUCUAAUAGAUUUUAGAGAGUAUUAGGGCCGUGCCAAUUGUCUGCAAUGUAUUCAGAAACUGAAUGUGUAAACCAAAAACCACAAUCUUAUGCGUCACUUUUUUUAAUUUGAAUUUUUUUUAAUUUAAGGUAUUUUUUUCUGCAAACAGCGUGAAAGCUACUGUGGUCAAAUAUUUAUUUUAAACCUAAAUUGCCCAUCAUUACUUUCUUGGGGUGGUUUGGUCAAGGCCCCCAAAAAAUGACUUUUUAUUUUUAUUUUUAUUGUGUGACUGUGUGUAUUUUUUAUAUAUAUUUCUUUCUUGUUCAUUUUUCUUUUUAGUAUUUUAACUUUUAAUGUUUCAGUCCUAAAGAUGACGUGUGAUUAUGUGAUAUUUAUUUGACAGUACUUUAUACACUUUUUUUGUGAUAUCUUUCAGAGUUUUAUUUGGUAUUGUACUGAAAAGUGAGUAAAAAUAUAAAUACAUAGUCCUAUAAUUUUUUUAAAA